AUGCGUAGUUUGAAGAUUGUUGAACGUUUCAAGAGCAUUCAAGUUCAUGCUCUAAGUUCUUCAUCUGAAACCAAUGGUGGCAGCAAAACCAAACCUCACAACUUUAGCAGACACAAAACCAUAUUGUCAUGGUCAAAAUCUAAAUUUAACAACCUUAACAAAACCUCGGAGUUUGCAAAUCUUGUUUCUCUUCAGUUACCUUCUACUGAUACAAUUGAACCAACUAUAGAGCCUUAUCUUAAACCUGUAAACCUUGUGGAGACUUUAGCAGAACUCUAUCAACGUAUAGAGUUUUGCUCUUUACAGUCUGAGAAAGUGUCACUUUUUGUGGAACUUUUUUCUGUUUUGUAUGGUCUUGGAGACCAGAAGCUACUCAGAAGAUGUCUCAGAACGGCGCGGCAGAACGCCGAGGAUGUGAUGUCAAAGGUUGUGUUGUCUGCUUGGUUAAGGUAUGAGAGAAGGGAUGGUGAGCUUGUUGGUGUUUCUUCAAUGGAUUGUGGUGGUUACAAUGUUCUUGAAUGUCCAAAGAAGAAUUUGGAAAAUGGGUUUAGUCCUUUUUUGAUCAAUGAUCGUUGUCGAUGUAAUGAGGAGAGAAAAAAUGAAACUUCUAAUGAUUGUGUGUGUUUGUCUGAUGAGGAAAGUGAUGUUUUGUUUAGUGUUGAGAAUGAGGAAAUCAAGUGUGUUAGGUGGAGAAUUGCUUCACUUUCGGAGCCGUUAAACGCGAUGCUUUGUGGUGGAUUUCUAGAAUCCAGAAUGUGGAAGAUUGAUUUUUCGAGAAACGGGUUAUGCUAUGAAGGUAUGAAAGCAUUAGAAUUUUACAGUAGAACAAAAAGAUUGGAUCUUUUCUGUGUCAAUACUGUUUUAGAGCUUCUAUCAUUUGCCAAUAGGUUUUGUUGUGACGAAAUGAAAUCGUCUUGCGAUUCUCAUUUGGCUUCAAUUGUUGAAAAUGUUGAAGUUGCAUUGAUACUCAUUGAGUAUGGUUUGGAAGAAAAAGCAACUCUUCUUGUUGUUUCAUGCUUACAAAUUUUUCUUAGGGAGCUUCCGAAUUCGCUUCGUAAUUCAAAGGUGAUAAGUUUUUUAUGUAGUUUUGAGUCAAAGGAAAAGCUGGAGAAUUUAGGGUGUGCUACUUUCUUGUUGUACUAUUUUCUCAGCCAGGUGGCAAUGGAAGAAAGCAUGGUGGCGAAAACGACGAUUAUGUUGCUGGAGAGAAUGAAAGAGUGUGGCACAGAGAGAUGGCAGAAGGGUCUUGCAUUGCAUCAAUUAGGGUGUGUGUUUCUUGAAAGAAGAGAGUAUAAAGAAGCUCAACGUUGUUUCGAUGAAGCAGUUGAAUUAGGCCAUGUUUAUUCUAUAGCCGGUGUGGCGAGAACAAAGCAUAAACAAGGUCAACCGUAUUCGGCUUAUAAGUUAAUAAGUUCUUUGAUAUUCGAGUAUAAACCAGUUGGGUGGAUGUAUCAAGAGAGAGCAUUGUACAAUAUGGGAAGGGAAAAAGGUUUUGAUUUGGAUUUCGCGACUCGACUCGAUCCUUCACUUUCAUUUCCUUAUAAAUAUAGAGCAUUGGAGAAAGUUGAGGAGAAGCAAAUAAAGGAAGGGAUUAUGGAACUUGAUAAGUUUCUUGGAUUUAAGCUUUCACCUGAUUGUUUAGAAUUGAGGGGUUGGUUGUAUAUUGCAUUAGAGGAUUAUGAUAGUGCUAUGAGAGAUAUUAGAGCAUUGUUAACCAUAGAGGCUAAUUAUGUAACUUUACAUGGGAGGAUUAGAGGAGAAUGCUUGGUUCAAAUUCUUAGAAGUAGAAUUCAGAAGAAGAAUCAAGCUGAUUGUUGGAUGCAAUUGUAUCAACAAUGGUCUUCAGUUGAUGAUGUUGGUUCUUUGGCUAUUAUACAUCAGAUGCUAGAGAAUGAGCCUGGAAAGAGUUUGCUCGAGUUUCGUCUUUCUCUACUACUCUUGAGGUUAAACUGUCAAAAGGCUGCAAUGCACAGUUUGCGGCUGGCAAGAAACCAUUCUAGCUCAGUGCAGGAAAGACUAAUUUACGAAGGAUGGAUUCUAUACGAUACUGGCUAUCGCGACGAAGCUGUAACAAAGGCUGACAGAUCCAUUGAAAUUCAGAAAUCAUUCGAAGCCUUUUUCCUAAAAGCAUAUGUGUUAGCAGAUACAAAUCUGGAUCCCGAAUCUUCUUCUUAUGUUAUUCAGCUUCUUAAAGAAGCACUUAAAUGUCCUUCAGAUGGACUUCGCAAAGGACAAGCUUUGAAUAACAUGGGGAGUAUUUAUGUGGAUUGCGGUAAAAUAGAACUUGCGAACGAAUGCUACAAGAAUGCACUUGCAAUUAGGCACACAAGAGCUCAUCAAGGUCUGGCGCGUGUUUAUCAACAGAAAAAUCAACGGAAGGCUGCGUACGAUGAGAUGACAAUGCUAAUCGAGAAGGCGGAGAGCACUGCAUCGGCGUAUGAGAAACGAUCGGAAUAUUGUGACCGUGAGAUGGCGAUGGCUGAUCUUGAUGUUGCAACUCACCUUGAUCCUUUAAGGACAUACCCUUACAGAUACAGGGCAGCAGUGCUGAUGGAUGAGCAAAAAGAAACAGAAGCUGUAGAAGAACUCACCAAGGCUAUAAAAUUCAAGCCUGAUCUUCAAAUGCUUCAUCUGCGAGCUGCAUUUUACGAGUCAAUGGGAGAUCUAUCAUCUGCUCUUAUAGAUUGUAAGGCAGCUCUUUGCUUAGAUCCAAACCAUGCAGCAACAAUUGAUUUAUAUCAAAGGAUACAAAAGCCUAACUUUUGA